AUUUAUAAAUAAAUUCCUCCUCCCAAAGUUAGGCUCCCAGAACACGACCAGUAAUGGCUAGGAACCUUGUUGGUCUAGGUGUUAGUAGUCAUGCAGAUGUAUUGCUUCCAAGUGCUGGUGGUGGUCUAUACUUGGUUUGUAUGAUCCUGAUGUCCCUUUCAGUAAUUUCAGCUAUAAUACUUUCUUGUGGUAGAUCGUCUCGCAAGAAGGAAGACAAUAGAGAUACCGAUGGAGGAGACAGAUCGUCUCGCAAGAAGAAAGACAGAUCGUCUCGCAAGAAGAAAGACAAUAGAUAUACCGAUGGAGGACACGGAGAUGGAGGAGACGAAGAUGGAGGAGAUGGAGAAGGCGGAGAUGGAGGAGAUGGAGGUGACGGUGAACAUGGCCACCAUGGCCAUGAGGGCGGGGGACAUGGCCACCAUGACCAAGGGGGCGGGGGACAUGGCCACCAUGGCCAUGGGGGCUGGGGACAUGGCCACCAUGACCAUGGGGGCGGAGGACAUGUUGGUGGUGGAGGACAUGUUGGUGGCGGAGGACAUGUUGGUGGUGGCGGUGGAGUUUUUUAGGAAAUAGAUCUUAUAUAGUUGUUUCAUAAAGGAAGCUCAAAUUUAUGUGAAGAAAAAAAAAGUUCUAAUUUUGGUAAACAAGACAUGUAGAGUUCUCGUUAAUGCUGGUAUUGGAUUCUAGGCUGUGUUAUAUUAAAGGAACUUCCCAUAUGAAUAUAUGAUGGUCAGGCUGUGUAUCUUUUAUUAA